CUGAAGUAUCACAGAGUUACCUCCCCUUGUCAACAGUGGAUUUCCGGAAUAACUAUGGGGGAGUCGAGUGGCAGAUUCUGCUAUGUUUACAGUUGUGAUGUAGAUGUGAAUGUUGAAAUCAAAAUUGGCACACUCGAGGGUCUGCGAGACAGACCGAGCUACAAGGAGUUGCUGGAGGAUCCUAUGCUGAAGUUUUCUGGGGCGUAUCAGGAAGGAUGCUCCGACAUCUAUGUGACCUGCCAGGUGUGUGCCGAUGGCCGACCCCUCGCCCUGCCCGUCUCCACCUCCUACAAGGCCUUCAGUACACGCUGGAAUUGGAAUGAGUGGAUUCAGCUGCCAGUGAAAUUCAGUGAUCUUCCAAGAAAUGCCUUCCUAGCACUGACCGUCUGGGACAUUUAUGGCACAAACAAGGCUCACCCUGUGGGUGGGACGACCAUCUCCCUGUUCGGGAAGAGAGGGACAUUCCGCCAGGGCAUGCAUGACUUGAAGGUGUGGCCGAAGGUUGUUGCCGACAUAUCCUCCAAGAUGACCACACUAGGGAAGACCAAAGACGCCAAUGAUCAGAUGAGUCGACUGGCUAAACUGAGCAAGAGACAUCGAGAUGGGCACAUGGUGAAGGUGGACUGGCUGGAUCGGCUGACGUUCCGGGAGAUCGAGAUGAUCAACGAGAGGCAGAAGAGGGACUCCAACUUCAUGUAUCUCAUGAUUGAGUUCCCUUUUGUCCACUACGAAAAUACACAGUUCUCGGUCGUCUACUUCGAAAAGGAUGCGGACAGACCGUUCGAGUUUCGAACACAAGCAGAGAUUGUCACAGUACCAGAUCCAGAGAUUCUUAUGGAGAACCUGGUAGAGAGCAAGCACCACAAGCUGGCCAGGAGUCUGAGGAGCGGCCCCACUGACCGCGACAUGAAGCCGGACGCCAAGACAAGAGACCAUCUCAAUACCAUUGUGAGCUACCCACCGACGAAGCAACUGACAUCUGAGGAACAAGACUUGCUGUGGAAGUUCCGCUUCUAUCUCUCCAGCCAGAAACAGGCGCUGACUAAGUUCCUGAAAUGUGUGAACUGGUCCACGGCACAGGAGGCGAGGCAGGCGCUGGAUUUGUUGUCCAAGUGGCAACCGAUGGAUGCCGAAGAUGCCCUGGAGCUUCUCACACCGGCCUUCUCACACCCCACGGUCAGGAAGUACGCUGUCACCAGGCUGCGGCAAGCUGAUGACGAGGAUCUGCUGCUGUACCUACUCCAGCUGGUCCAAGCACUCAAGUACGAGAACUUCGAUGAGAUAAAGGAGGGCAUGGAUACUCCCCCGCCACAGAGAGAGUCGGCCCCCUCUCCAGAAACACCUUCGAGCUCCUCAGAAAAAGAAAGUCGAUCUAUGAGCACAUUAUCGAGGGCGUCUUCCCAUGAUUCCAUCCUCGACGCCCUGGGAACAUCCCCGCCUGGGAAGGAAGAAACUCCCGAGAACAAGCUUGCUAAAGAGAUGGAUCUUGCCACCUUUCUCAUAUGGAAAGCAUGUAACAAUUCAACUAUUGCCAACUAUUUCUACUGGUACUUGUUAGUGGAGUGUGAGGACCAGGAAGUGUCCACCAAGGACAGUGCACUGCGGGAGAUGUACAUCACAGUCAUGAAGAGGUUCAGUAAAGCCCUCAGCAAGGGGGGCCAGGAGUGUCGGCUGAGACGGUCAAGUCUGGCCGAGCAGCAGGUGUUCAUCAGUAAGCUGGUGGACCUGGUCAAGCUGGUGGCGCGGGAGAGCGGAAACAGGAAGAAGAAGAUUGAAAGACUUCAGGCAUUGUUGCAAGAUCCAGAGGUUUGCAAGAGGAACUUUGCUGAGUUUGAUGUUCUUCCUUUGCCCCUUGACCCUGAGGUCAAGGUCAGGGGCAUCAUUCCAGACAAGGCCACAUUGUUCAAGAGUGCUAUGAUGCCAUCCCGUCUGACAUUCCGCACUGAGCAAGGGACCGAUUAUGUGACGAUCUUCAAACAUGGAGAUGAUCUUCGUCAGGAUCAACUCAUCCUGCAGAUCAUAACGCUCAUGGACCAGCUGUUGCGAAGAGAGAAUCUUGAUCUCAAGCUGACUCCCUACAAGGUUCUGGCAACCAGCAGUAAACAUGGUUUUGUGCAGUUCAUAGAGUCGACAUCAGUGGCCGAGGUGCUGGGUACAGAGGGCACGAUACAGAACUACUUCAAGAAACAUGCCCCAUCAGAGAAUGGGCCGUACGGCAUCCAGCCAGAGAUCAUGGACAACUAUGUCAAGAGCUGUGCGGGCUACUGUGUUGUUACCUACCUCCUGGGAGUCGGAGACAGACAUCUCGACAACCUCCUCCUCACUAAAACAGGGAAACUGUUCCACAUUGACUUCGGCUACAUCCUGGGCCGAGACCCGAAGCCCAUGCCGCCCCCCAUGAGGCUGAGCAAGGAGAUGGUGGAGGCAAUGGGAGGGACCAACUCGGAACACUUCUACGACUUCAAGAAGCACUGCUACACUGCCUUCCUGGCUCUCAGACGGUCUGCCAACCUCUUCCUCAACCUCUUCUCCCUGCUGGUGGACGCCAACAUCCCGGACAUAGCGCUGGAGCCGGACAAGACGGUCAAGAAGGUGCAGGAGAAGUUUGUUCUGCACUACACUGAUGAGGAGGCUGUGCACUACAUGCAGAACGUCAUCGACCUGAGUGUAUCUGCUGUCAUGGCCGCCCUGGUAGAACAGCUACACAAGAUGGCUCAGUACUGGAGAAAAUAGAAGAAGCUGAUCAUGAAGUGUGCAAUAUGCGAGUGCAAUACUGAGACUGGGGAUGCAGUUAACACUGUGUGAAACUGAUGAUGAACAAGACACCUGCUAAAGACUCUGCUGAUGUAAAGAUUCGGAUCUGUGGACAUCCUUAUGUUCAGCAUCUUUCCGAGGCAAGAGAGUUAACUGACUUGAAAAAGUCCAGUUUCCACCUUUGCCGAACUAAGCUGGAAUUACUGGGCUCGAUCGUAGCGCCAUCAGUGGUUAUUACCAGUUAUGUCCCUUC